GGCUGGUAACCAGGGAGGGGGGGAUGGCGGAGCGGGCGCCCGAGGCAGAGGCGGAGGCUGAGGCGGGCGCAGGCGGGGAGGCAGCGGCCGAGGAGGGCGCGGCGGGCCGCAAGGCGCGGGGCCGGCCGCGACUCACGGAGUCGGACCGGGCCCGGCGGCGACUCGAGUCCCGGAAGAAGUACGACGUGAGGCGCGUGUACCUGGGCGAGGCGCACGGGCCCUGGGUGGACCUGCGGCGCCGCAGCGGCUGGAGCGACGCCAAGCUCGCCGCCUACCUCAUCUCGCUGGAGCGCGGCCAGCGGAGCGGUCGGCACGGGAAGCCUUGGGAGCAGGUCCCCAAAAAGCCAAAGAGGAAGAAAAGGCGUCGGCGCAAUGUGAACUGCCUGAAGAAUGUGGUGAUCUGGUACGAGGACCACAAGCACCGCUGUCCGUAUGAGCCGCACCUGGCCGAGCUGGACCCCACCUUCGGCCUGUACACCACAGCCGUGUGGCAGUGUGAAGCCGGCCACCGCUACUUUCAAGACCUGCACUCGCCCCUGAAGCCGCUCAGCGACUCAGACCCCGACAGUGACAAAGUGGACAACGGCCUGGGGGCCGGCAGCUCCAACUCGUCCAGCUCCUGCUCUGGCUCUGACUCUGAGGAGCCCCCUGAAGGCCAGCCAGCCAAGGUGACAGUGGCAGCAGCUGCUGUUACCCCCACCAGCCCAGCGGGCAGCAGUGGGCUCAUCACGCAAGAGGGUGUGCACAUCCCUUUCGACGUCCACCACGUGGAGAGCCUGGCUGAGCAGGGCACCGCACUGUGCCCCAACCCAGCAGGCAGCGGGCCGGAAGCCCUGGAGACUGUGGUGUGUGUGCCAGUGCCCAUGCAAGUGGGCCCGGGCCCUGGCACCCUUUUUGAGAACAUGCCCCAGGAGGCACUGGGCGAGGUGGUAGCCAGCUGUCCCAUGCCAGGCAUGGUGCCUGGCUCUCAGGUGAUCAUCAUCGCAGGCCCAGGCUAUGAUGCUCUCACGGCUGAGGGCAUCCACCUCAACGUGGCAGCAGGCAGCAGUGCGCCCAGCGGGGGCCUGGGUGACGAGGUGCCCUGCACCAUGAUGGAGGGUGUGGCAGCCUACACCCAGACGGAGCCUGAGGGCAGCCAGCCCAGCGCUAUGGACCCCACCACCGUGGCAGGCAUGGAGACCAAGAAAGAGAAGGAGGACCUGUACAUGCUUAAGAAGGAGGAGAAGGAGGAGCCGGUGGCUCCAGAGCUGGCAGAGCUGGCAGCGACAGUGCCCGAGAGUGCAGAGCCUGAGGCAGAGGCAGACGGGGAGGAGCUGGACAGCAGUGACAUGUCAGCCAUCAUCUAUGAGAUCCCCAAGGAGCCUGAGAAGAGGCGGAGGAGCAAGCGGUCACGGGUGAUGGACGCCGACGGCCUGCUCGAGAUGUUCCACUGUCCCUACGAGGGCUGCAGCCAGGUGUAUGUGGCUCUCAGUAGUUUCCAGAACCAUGUCAACCUUGUGCAUCGAAAAGGGAAGACCAAAGUGUGCCCUCACCCUGGCUGUGGCAAGAAGUUCUAUUUAUCCAACCACCUAAGGCGACACAUGAUCAUCCACUCAGGUGUCCGGGAAUUCACCUGUGAGACCUGUGGCAAAUCCUUCAAAAGGAAGAACCACCUGGAGGUACACCGGCGCACACACACCGGCGAGACACCCCUGCAGUGCGAGAUCUGCGGCUACCAGUGCCGGCAGCGUGCUUCGCUCAACUGGCACAUGAAGAAGCACACAGCAGAGGUGCAGUACAAUUUCACGUGUGAGCGCUGCGGGAAGCGUUUCGAGAAGUUGGACAGCAUCAAGUUCCACACUCUCAAAAGUCACCCAGACCACAAACCCACCUGAGCCACCCUACCAAUGACCGUCCCUAUUUAUUUGUCCACUCUGAUGCCACUCCUGGGCCUACUGGGCCUGGACUGCCAUGGGGCCACCCCGCAGGCGGGAAGGUGACGCCCCUGCCCCGCCCAAGGCUGGUCCCCACCCCCCCACCUUCUCUGGAGCUGGCGAUGGGGGCUGCACUGCCGGAACUGUGUCAAGAGCAGAGCAAGAUUAAAGAGUGAGAAAGUAGAUGCCCUCCCCCUAGACCUGGAUGAUUUGGGGGUGAGGGGGUCUCUUCUCCAACCUGGUCCCAUCCUGAGCAAGGCCUGGGGUG